UACGUAAGAUGAAAUUGACAAUGAUUUUUCUCUUUAUUUACUGCUUCAUGUUUUUAACAGUGUCUCCCAUGAGGAAAUGAUGAAGAUGCGACAGGCUAAUCUGGAUUAUCAGAGGCUACUACUUGAGAAGAGGCAAAGGAAAAAGCGCCUGGAGCCAUUUAUGAUUGAACCCAAUCCAGAUUGGCAACCCAAUCUGUAUACCAGGCUAUGUCCAGCAAAGCCAAGGGCCAAACAGGAGCAGAUUGCGUUGGUGAAACAUCUCGACAGCAAUGUCAUCUCGCAUGGUAUUGAUGGUCCAGCUGCUGUCCUGAAACCAGAUGGAGCUUUUAAUCCAUCAGUAAGCUCCCCUGUUUUGGAAGAGGAAACAGAAAACACCAUGACUUCCAAGCCAGGACUUAAGGAGAGUCUCCAAAAGCAUGCCUCAGCAACAAGUUCAUCAGUGGAGAGCUGACCUCUUAAAACCAGAAUUAAGUUUUUAUGACAUCUUCAGAACAGUCAACAUCAAGUAAUCCUCCAGUAACCAUAGGAAGAACACUUGGAUUCACCUGUGGCUAGAAAAAAAAAAGCAGAAGAAUGCCAUUAUGUUAAUAAGAAAAGCAAAGAAGAAUUUUAAAAAAAUUAUCUCUAAUUUAUCUCUUUUAAGCUCAGUUUUUUUCUUUAAGUUCAGUUUUUAAAUUCAGUAAUGAACUGAGGGUUUAAAUUUGCAACUAGAUAGAGGAAUUAAGCAGAAGGUCCAGCUAAAAACAAGGCUUCAUGGUUUAAUAAGUAUCAAAAGCACAUAUACUAUAUUCUCUCUCUACUGGAUUGGUUAAUUAGUUACCCAAGCAUUGUUCCAUAUGAUAAAUAAAUUCAAAGAAAUUAGUCAAAGAUGACUAUGCAAGACCGCCUAAUAAAAAAGCUCCCAUUAUA